UUGACAAUCGAUCCGCACGACAUUUGUGCACUAGUGCUCACUCCAGCACGGGAGCUUGCAAUACAAAUCGCUGAUCAAUUUGCACCGCUCGGAACUCCAAUUGGUUUGAAAAUUGCGAUUGUGAUGGGAGGCAAGGAUCGCGUAGCGCAGGGAAAUUGUUUAAUGAGGUCUGUGCCGCGAUAA